AUGACCGACGGCCUUGACGAGCUCCGCGCGCUCUCCGCCCUCAUCCAAGACUCCAUCGAGAAGAUCAGCGGCAUACUAUCCAACACCGGCAAAACCUUCCCCUCAACCCGCGGCGCCUUCUCAAUGGCGUCCGAGUCCGUCCGCAUGGCUCCCGACGUCGCAGCCGCCAGCGCCGUCGGUUGCGCAGCGGCCACGCAGCUGCUCGCGAUACUCGGCGGCCCGAUGAAUACGCUCAUUCGCGCUGCUAUGUUCGGUCCUGUUCUCGCGAGCUGCAUCGCUACUGUUGCGGAGGCUAAUGUUGCUGAAGCUCUGCGUGAGGCGGGUGCGCAAGGCGCGCAUGUGAGGGAGCUUGCGAAGGCGAAGGGCGUCGACGCUGGCAAACUUGCCCGUGUCAUGCGCGUGCUCGCGCUCAAUCACAUCUUUGUCGAGACGGCACCGGAUGUCUUUGCGCAUAACACGGCCAGCUCACUCCUUGAUACGGGCAAAAGCACCGCGGCCUUAAGUCAGAGUCCUGCUACGAAGCACGACGAUACCUUUGGACUCGCAGCACUAGUAGAGCUCUGCGCCGGCGAGCAGUCCAAAGCUCUCACAUACCUCCCCGACGUCCUCCUCGACCCAAAGCUCACCUCUUCAGGCGAAUCCAACAAAACAGCCUUUAACGCCGCAUUCCGCACAGAUCUGUCGACCUGGGACUGGCUGGAGCUUCCAGAGAAGAAGACCUCCUUGGCUCGUGUCACGAAGGGCAUGGAAGCUGGCAAGCGCAUCGCGCCGCCCGACGCGAUCUUGAGGGGGUACGAGUGGGAGAAGCUUCCGGAGGGUGCUGUUGUCGUCGAUGUUGGAGGCGGAGUUGGGACGCAGAGUAAGAAGGUUUUUGAGAGGUGUCCUGGGUUGAAGAUUGUUGUGCAGGAUAGGGAGCCUGUUGUUAAGGCUGCUGAGCAGUUCUGGUCGAAUAUGCCUGAUGCUGUCUCGUCCGGGCGCGUCACCUUACAAGCACACGACUUCUUCGCCCCUCAACCGCAGAAGAGCGCCCGCGUCUUCAUCCUCGGAGCCGUUCUUCACGACUGGAGCGACGAAUACGCUCUUAAGAUCCUCAAACCGCUCCGCGACGCAGCAAAGCCAGACACAGAACUCGUCAUUGUCGACAGUCUGCUGCAGUACCUCGCCGACGAUGACAACAACGCGGCUAUACCAGGUUCUGCGCGCGAGAAGCCGCCGGCGCCGUUGUUACCUGCGCUAGACACGAUGAGCUACGCGGCUGAUAUCAUGAUGCUGUCUAUGUUUAACGGCACCGAGCGCACAGUCGCGCAGUUCCGCGAUUUACUGGCCAAGGCGGGGUGGAGGGUGACGCGCGUGCACCAUGGUGCGGGCUUGACGCAGGUGCUGGGCGUGCAAAAGGUUAUUGCUGUGCCUGCGUAG